CACCCAACCUUUAUCCUGUUUGACCCACUUCUGAAGAGUCAAGAUAUAUUACUAAUUCUCUCCGUUCGUAUUUUCUUAUUGGCUCUUUCUGACUCUUUAGGUUGGGGCGGGUCGGGAAGAAUCGGAUUAGUGGGCCGGUCCUAAUCAAGUGGAAUCCCAAUCCCUUCACUCUCACUUGCUUUCUCUCCCAUUCCACAAGUGGGUAACAUACAGUAAUCCGGCCAACGGGCCGGGUAAUAAGCUAGUUGCUUUUCAGAGGCGGAAGAGACGACGCUGGUAUUGCUUUGCUAUUUGCAUUCAAGAUGGAUUUCUCAUCGAUGGCAAGCCAGGCAGGAGGAUCAAACCCCAAAAUGCCGACGGAGAAAUUUAUGUAUCACUUUAAGUCUCAAAUGGAGCAGGCGUAUGCCCAGAAGUUCAUCGAGACUCUGGGAAGGAAGUGCUUCGACAAGUGCGUAACGAAGCCUGGAUCAAGCCUUGGUGGGAGUGAAAGCAGCUGCGUCUCAAGGUGUGUGGACCGCUACAUUGAAGCCACCGGCAUCGUCGGCAGAGCUCUCUUCAAAGCUAACCAAUGAAGAAAGCUUUUGUUUACAGAACUCACAAACUCAAAACCACUUCCCUCCAAAUUGUUCCCUUUUGUUGGAUGAUACCUCACAAUAUGUGGUCUUCGGAGAAUCGAGUAGUUUGAUGUGAACCUCAGAACCUUUGGCGCCCGUUUUCUCUUCACAUUUUAAUACUCUUGUCUGAUCUCUGUCCUGCUUUGUGCACGCAUGAGUUAAAAUGCAGACAAUUCGCAUUUGCUACCUUGUUUAUCGUAGAGGGGGAACCAUGUCACUGUUUGCAUAUUGAAUUUGGUAGAGAGAAUCUUAACAUGGGCUGUUACUAUGGCAGAAAAAAGAAAAAAACAAACGAUGGUAUCUGAAAAAAUUGACUACACCACACGUUCGAGGAACAACUCUCUCGUUAUAAACAGAGCCGACCUCAACUGAGCAAAUUUAGACCAAGCCCUUUCCAUAAUUUCCCUACUUUCACACAGUUGUAAGCCUCAAACGGAUGAUUUCUGAAUACAAACAUGGUAAAACAAAUACAAGUCCCCAAGUGGGGCACAGAGAGAACUAGUACACUAGUUCCUUCUUUUUGGGUUCUAGAACAGGGGGAUCAAUGUCAAUGCCCAUAUUAGCUGCUGUUCCCGCUAUGAUUUUCAUUGCAGACUCGAUGUUGGUGCAGUUCAAAUCUGGCAGCUUUUCUGUAGCAAUUGUCCGCAGUUGAUCAAUGGUUAUCAUACCCACUUUCUCAUUCUUCGGGUCCUUGGAACCUUUCUCCGCUCCUAAACCAGAAACAUCAAGACGAGUUAGUUUACAGCUCCCAUGAUAAUCAGAGAACGGAGUGCCUACAUGGCUACAUCCAUGUCGUAACUCGUAACAUUGCCCUAUUAUGACAGUCAGUCUUAUUAGGGAGCUUAGCAGCACAAUCAAGAAGCAAUCCACUCCCUAAGCAUUUACAGGAGUAACCAGUACACCUCGGAUGAGUUUAGGCUAUAGUACAAUGCAGAAAAGGAGAAUGAUUCUUAGAUGGAGAAUGCAAUGGUACUAACCAACUGCAACUUAGGUAGUCUGAUGCACAAGAUUAAAAACAUUCAAAGAGA